UGGAGGCACUUUUAUGGCAGUUCAUGAUAUCACAAUAUUGGUUCAGUAGACUUGACGAACAUCUGCUGAUAUAUGUAUGUUAUAGUCAACGUGGUAAUGUUGCUACAUGUUCAACAAACGCUCUUUGUAUUAAACUAAGACGACGCCGCGUGUCUGGAGUGGAGCUUACACGAAGAAGGAAGUACGUGGAGGUUAACGCUCUUGUCUCUCUUGGGCUAACUAGCAUCGGGCUCGUUAGCAUCCGCCAUGUGAAGCUGGUUUAACCCUUCCUGAUUAGGUUAGUGAAGACUGAGGAGAUGUGACAUCUUGUAUUUUUCUACAUCUUCAUCGCAGUCGUGAAGGGAAUUGUGUUUAACAUGUCCGUGUUUAGCCUCGCUGCUACGCGCACAUGCCGUGGUUUGUCACUAAGAAACAUCAGGCCUCCACCGAAGCUAACAAGCUCGACUGAAACAGCAAAGUACGGACGCUCGAACCGGCAGAGCCACAUCUCCACUGGGACACGUGUGUUCAGCUCUGCACCCCACAACCCAAAGGUGCCUGAGUUUGCCACGUGGGAACCAGUACCAGAGGACCAACUACCCCCGCCCACACAAAUUCCUGCAGACCUCGUGGACAAACUGGAGCGACUGGCCUUGGUUGAUUUCCGGACCAAACAGGGUCUGGCCUGUUUGGAGAAAGCCAUAAGGUUUGCAGAUCAGCUUCAUGUGGUUGACACGUCGGGGAUUGAGCCCAUGGAUUCAGUCCUGGAGGACAGGGCUUUAUACCUGAGGAACGACACAGUGACAGAAGGGGACUGUGCUGAGGAACUUCUUCAUCUAUCCAAAAGCACAGUGGAAGAAUAUUUCGUGGCACCUCCAGGAAAUAUUCCUUUGCCAAAGCGGGAAGAGAGGUCCUCAUUACUGAAACACUCAGAGUUCUGAUCUAUUUUUCCAGCAUUUUAUAUUGACAUUGGUUUUUUUUGCUGAGAAAAGACUGAUAACAGCUUUGUCAGAUACAUAGUACAGUGAUUCCAAACAUGCCUCAACAUGUCAAUGACGUUAACAACACAAGGCCUUGUCUCAUCUGAGUGAUGUUGAGAGAACAGAAACUGAAAACUAACAAGUCAGGAAACAGAAACUGUGUUGAUCAGCUGAGUCAGCCUGAGUAUAAACUGUGAUGAGCUCAAACUACACCCGUUGUCAGCCCAACUACAAACCAAUCAGAUGACUGGAAAACAAGAGCAUAAUAGAUCCAUGACUCAGUCAUCAUACUACAGGAUCCUGACAGAGACAAAGGUUGAAGUCACAAAACAAAUAGACAUGCCUCUCCCACAGACUGUAUAUAAGAUAUCUCUCCGUGUGAGAGGAGGCUGAAUAAGCUGCCACAAAGAUCUCAUGACGUUAUCACACUUAGUUAAGUGUUAAUUAUCAGUUUUUAUUGUUAUUUCAAAAACUUUAUAUAGGCGUUCAAUAUCAAGUAUAAUUGUGUGGAAUUUAAAACACGUUGCUUUAGUUUGAUAUUUGUAUUCUGACUAUACGAAGAGAAUCGUUACAAUUUGAAACUGACAAAAAACAAAGUAGAACUCUGUUAACUGGGCUUUGUGAAGAGUGACA